CAUCUAUUGCCAGCCUCCGGGAACAUUAUUAUAAUCUGUGUAUGGAAAAGUCCCAGAAAAUUAAUCCUUUUCUGUUGCAUAUACUCCACGAAGUGGAUGAAGAAAGUAAAAAGGGGUUGGAAAAAGGAAUCACAUUAAAUCUUUCUGGUAACAAUCGCUUAAUACCAGUGGAAAGAGUAACAAGUGAAGAUUUUUGGAUUCUUUCCAGAAUUUUAAAGAAGAAUCCAUAUGUUAAUGGUUUGGAUGUUAGAUACAACCUCUUAAAAGAUGUUGGUGCAUACUAUGUUGUGAAACUGCUUCAGAAACAACAUAAUCUCAUUUACUUAAACCUUAUGUUUAAUGAUAUUGGGCCUGAAGGUGGAGAACUGAUUGCUAAAGCACUACAUAAGAAUACAACUCUGAAGUAUCUAAGAAUGACUGGAAACAAGAUUGAAAAUAAAGGCGGAAUGUUCUUUGCCGCAAUGCUGCAAAUUAAUUCAUCCUUAGAGACAUUAGAUCUGGGAGAUUGUGAUCUGGGAAUGCAAAGUGUGAUCGCAUUUGCUACAGUACUAACCCAAAAUCAAGCAAUUAAGGGAAUAAAUCUAAACCGUCCUAUACUGUAUGGCGAACAGGAAGAGUCCACAGUCCAUAUAGGCCACAUGUUGAAGGAAAAUCACUGCCUUGUUGAACUACACAUGUGUAAGCAUAAUAUGAAAAAUUGUGGCUUAAAACAGUUAUGUGAUGCACUGUAUCUGAAUAGUAACCUACGCUACCUUGAUGUCAGCUGCAACAGAAUAACUCGUGAUGGAAUGGUGUUUUUGGCUGAUGUACUGAGAAGCAAUACCACCCUGGAAGUAAUAGAUCUUUCCUUCAACAGAAUAGAAAAUGCAGGAGCAAGCUAUCUCAGUGAGACUCUUUCUUCACACAACAGGAGUCUUAAAGCGUUAGUAUGGUUUUAUAUUUAAUCAAAAUAACAUAAUAACUCAAAAAAAAAAAAUACGAACCUUAAACCCCUUAAUUCUUAAGGUUAUGAUGAAGUAUGAAAACCCAGUUUCUAAACUGACAUAGUAUUAAGUUACGGUAACAGCUCAGUUUCUUCUGUUUUUCCAAAAACAAUAUCUUUGAAAAAUUUGUUUGAUUCUAGUUAUGACUGCUUCUAAAAAUUAAUGAGAAAAUUCUUAUUGCUUAUGUUAUUUAUCCUGAGUCUCAGCAGAAAAAUCGUAAGCAUUCUAUAUGAUGAAAAUUUAAAAAUAAAAAUGAAUUAAAAAGAAAUUACUAGUUGGAUGACUUUAUCCUAAAAAGUAUAUCUGUAAUCCACUCAAACAUUUACUGAAUAAUUGAUAUAAAACAAGAGACUAUUCUCAGAAUGUAGGUAGCUCUAUUAGGUAUGUGAAACAGCUAGUUAGAAAACUUAAGUUUCUUGGAUUUUAGAGAUUAUAUGGUCAAUAUUUGAUCACACCAUUAAAAUAUAAAUAUACAAUCAAAUGUUUGUAAUAAAAGUUGUGGCUAGCUCAUGCAUUCUCUCUUUGUGGAACUGUUGGUUUCCAGGGUCAUUACUUUUUUUUUCUCCAUAGGUUGUCAGUAGUUAGUAACAACAUAGAGGGAGAAGGACUUGUUGCACUUUCACAAUCAAUGAAAACAAAUAUCACACUCUCUCAUAUCUACAUUUGGGGAAACAAAUUUGAUGAGGCUACGUGUGUGGUAAGUUUUUUCUGAGAUUUUCUCCAUAACAUCAGAUAUUAUUCACAGCUUAGAAUGGUGUCUUAAAAUGGUUACAAAGCAUAAGGAGACACUGUGGUUUUGAUUAUUUUUAACUUUGUUGUUGUUAGGUGUUGUCGAGUCAGUUGUGACUCAUUGCGACCCCAUGUACAACAGAACGAAACACUGCCCAGUCCUGCACCAUCCUCAUAGUCGUUGUUAUGCUUGAGCCCAUAGUUGAAGCCACUGUGUCAAUCUAUCUUAAUUUAAUCCAUUAAAUUAAGUUAAAUUUUAACUUAAGUCCUAAAAAAUAACUACUGGAAAUUUUUGUGGUUGAAAUAGCAAAAGAUAUCA